CUCAGCAAUAUGCUUCCCACAGUGAGAAGGGCAUUUGGAGGAGUGAGUGGAGGGGGCCAGAGAGAGAGAGGCGGAGAAAAAAAAGAAAGAGAGAAAGAGAGAGAGAGAGAGAGAGAGAGAGAGAGAGAGAGAGAGAGAGAGAGAGAGAGAGAGAGAGAGAGAGAGAGAUCGAUAGAGAGAGAUAGGGGGGGGGGGCGCGAGAGAGAAAACCCGCCUCCCUCCCAUCCAGACCCCUACUUCUCCCCCCCUCCCAAGAACCUCCUUUCCCCUGCUGCCAUGCCCCUCCUUCCCCCCCUCCCAUAGCCCUGCUUCCCCCCCUCCCAUAGCCCU